GACCAGCCCCCAAGUGGCCACACCCUGUGCUUCUGUCUGUCCUGUGGGCACUGAGGUCCCUCCGUCUGCACAGCCAGUGCCAGGGGCAGAGACGCCAUGACCCCCACCCUCACAGCCCUGCUUCUCCUCGGGCUGAGUGUGGGACCCAGGACCCGAGCGCAGGCAGGGACCCUCCCCAAACCCUCCAUCUGGGCUGAGCCAGGCUCUGUGGUCCCCCGGGGUAGUGCUGUGACCAUUUGGUGUCAGGGAAUCCUGGAGGCCCAAGUGUUCUUUCUAGUUAAAGAGGAACACUCAGGGUUCUGGGAUAUUCAUUUCCCAAAGAAGCCUGGGAACACGGCCAAGUUCUCCAUCACACACAUGACAGAUAGACCUGCAGGACGGUAUCACUGUUCCUAUCGGAGCCCCGCUGGCUUGUCAGAGCGCAGUGACCCCCUGGAGCUGGUGGUGACAGGAUUCCAUGGCAAACCCCGUCUCUCAGCCCUGCCCAGCCCCGUCGUGACCUCAGGAGGGAAGGUGACCCUCCAGUGUGCCUCAUGGGAGAAAUUUGACAGGUUUGUCCUGAGGAAGGAAGGAGAACCCAGGCCCUCGUCGACCCUCGACUCCCAGCGACCCACUAGUGGGCAGUUCCAGGCCCUGUUUCCUGUGGGCCCCGUGACCCCCAACGUCAGGUGGACAUUCAGAUGCUAUGGCUAUUUCAGCAAAAACCCCCAGAUGUGGUCCUACCCCAGUAAGCCCCUGGAGCUCCUGGUCUCAGGAACUUCUGGGGGCCCCAGCCCCCCACCCACAGGACCUGGCUCCACAGAGAGUCUUGAAAAGUACCCGAAAAUUGCGAUCGGGGCCUCUGUGACCUUAAUCUUGCUGCUUGCCCUCCUCGUCCUCCUCCUCCUUCUCCGACUCCGGCACCAGAAAAAACGCUGCAAGUCAGGUGCUCUACGUCCUGAGGCUGAGACCAGAGCCCUGCAGAAAAGCUCCAACUCCGUGGCUCCCGUCCAGGAGGAGAAGCAGGAUGCUGAGGUGAGAGAGUCCCAACCUGAGGAAGACAGACAGAUGGACAGUCAGGCUGCGGCAUCUGAAGACCCCCAGGAUGUGACCUAUGCCCAGCUGAGCAGCCUGAAUCUUGAACAGGAGACAAGUGCACCUCCUUCCUCACGGGCAGGGGAGCUGCCCGCAGAGCCCGUCAUGUAUGCCACUCUGGCCAGGAAGGAUGCACACCCCGCACUCCAGGGAGGGGACUGCAGGAACCCCGGGACGCAGUGAGGCUGCCCCCAAGGACACUCAGCUAAUACCCCCUGCGCCUGGGGACCUCUCGUAUGGGAGCAGGAUAUCCUGGAGCUUCAGAAGUCAUCUAAUUCGCCAGAUGAAGAGAAAUAUCAGCUCCAUAUUUUUAGAAAGAAAAGUCCACUUCUAAAUAACCAGUGGACAAGAGAAGCCAGCCACAGAUGAAGAUAGGACUUCUUUUUUUUUUUUUUUACUCCCAUGACAAUGGAAAAAUUCUACAUCAAUGCAUAGUUUUACCUAAAUGGUAAUGUAAAUGCCAUAUGCCAAGACGAAAUGGGGAAAGUCAGUGCCUGAAGGCAAUUAGUGCCAAGAGAAGAGAGCCUGAAAGUCAACAAUGCAGGCAAUGUUCUAUGGGAGCUAGAGAAAGGAUAGCAAAUUCAUCCCAUGGCAGUGGGUGAAAAUCAGAAGACCUUACGCGGAUCACAAAGAAUAAAAAAGAGAACAAUCAA